GACAGACUAUCUUCUGAAGUCUCCUCAGAGGUGAUGAUGCCUUGCUCAAGUCUCUGGCUCUAUCAAAUUUCAGCCUCUUGGCUUGACUGCCCUUCCGACGCCGAAAAGCUGCCAAAAUGGUUGACGAUGUGGUUGAAAGGUCGAUCUUGACAACAUGGACAACCACCAUGUCAAGACCAAGCGACCUCUGACUUGACUAACUCAAUACCAUCCUCUACAACGACGCUCAACAACAUAGCGAUCACCAGGAUCACCAUGGUAGCUGGUCAAGAAGUCGCCCUCAUCAACGUCAUCGUAGUAAGGACCAUCUUCAUAACGCUCAUGGUUUCCACCGUAGCCAAAGUCAUCAAAGACACCAGUAACAUCGUCUCCAUCUUCAUCUUCUUGAGGCCAAGGGCCCGAGCUGUCGGGGAAUUUCUGGUGCUGGCUGGAGGUUUGGUCAUCGGUGCGUCUCUUCAUUUCUGAGCGGACGAGGACGGUGAUGAAGAUUAUGAGGAUGAGUGGGGGGAGGAAGAUUUGGAGGAGAUCGAUGAAGGGGGAGGAGUCGAUGGUGGACAUUCCGCUAGGAUGUCGUUUGUGCUUUUGAAUUUCGUGAUACGAUGAGAGAGCUUCGUGAUGAUUGAGAAAGCGUGGUGGAGAGUGUGUAUGUGAAGCGUCUGAUCAAGAGGUCGAUAUUGGAGAUGUUGUACUU